AUGCACUUUCCAUUCUUUCCAUUCCGUCUUUUACUGGGGCUUCUUUUCUUCUUACACUACCAAGCUCUCGCCGAUGUCGAGUUCAUUAUUCCCCCUGAUGUCGAGAAAUAUGAUUAUCCAUCCUCUACGUGGACAUAUAUCGCCGGCACACAGGCAUAUUUGCAAUGGACCACUGAUGAGCGCGAGGUGGACUUGUAUCUCCUCAUGAGAAGUUUCAACCGUUUUGAGCUAGUUAAAGAAUCGAUCGAAGAAUCGAACUAUUUCUGGACCGUGGGAUUUUCUGAGGAAAUAUUUCGACUCGAUCCAGACGAGGAGAACGAGUUUUCCUUAGCAAUCGCCGAUCCUGACACAGGUGACUUUCUUGCGCUCUCAACACUUGUCAAAAUCCUCCCAGCUAUAGAAUCAGAAUCCAGCAACGUCACUAUCACCGUUACCGUCACUAGUACUGUCUCUCGUACCGCAACAGCUCUGACAGGAACAGCUUUGAGAGAAGAAGGUUCUGACUCGGGCCAACAAGACAAGAAUCUCUAUCUUGGUCUUGCAGCAGGACUCGGUUCAGUUGUGGCGUUGCUCGUGGCCGGAAUUAUGGGUUUUGCCUGUCUCAGAUGGCGUUCUGCCCGGGUGAACAAAAAUGAAGUUGAACUUAGGAACUUCGCCUUGUCUGACACUGGCGUUAUGAUACAACAGCCGAUGUCAAGAGUACAUACAGCGCCUUCUUCCCCAAGACUCCAACAUCCCAAGGCUGGGGAAGCCGUUGGCUUAUCCUCGAAAUCUCCUGUUGGGCCAAGUCAUCGCAGUCAUACUUCUGAGCUGAGUGGCUAGGGUUGUGCUACCACUCUGCACAGAAGUUUCAGAGU